AUGCAAGAACAGGAGAGAAGAAAGGAUGAAACAACCCAGAAGAGGAAGAAGAAAUCCCCUACGUCUGAGAGCAAUGACUACCAUGAAAGUGCAGUCCAAGGAAAAAUUGAUAAAAGAAAGGAAAGGAGUAAAUGCUGUGUGUGUAACAAGAGCUUUGAUUCUAAAGCAAGUCUCAAAGCUCAUUCGAAAAUCCAUCUAGGAGAAAAACUAUUUAAGUGCCAGGAGUGUGGAAAGAGCUACAGUGUGAGCUCAAGCCUUAUUUCUCAUCGAAGAAUUCACACGGGGGAGAAACCAUAUAAAUGUGCAGAGUGUGGCAAAAGCUUCAAUAGAAGCACAAGCCUCAGCGAUCAUCAAAGAAUUCACACAGGGGAGAAACCAUAUAAAUGCCUGGAGUGUGGCAAGAGCUUCAGUGUGAGCACACAUCUCACUUCUCAUCAAAGAAUUCACACAGGGGAGAAGCCAUAUGAAUGCCUGGAGUGUGGAAAGAGUUUCAAUGUGAGCAGAAACCUCAGCAGACAUCAAAGAAUUCACACAGGGGAGAAACCAUAUAAAUGUGCAGAGUGCGGAAAGAGCUUCAAUGUGAGCACAAAUCUCAGUAGACAUCAAAGAAUUCACACAGGGGAGAAACCAUAUAAAUGCCUGGACUGUGGAAAGAGCUUCAAUGUGUGUACAAACCUCACUUCUCAUCAAAGAAUUCACACAGGAGAGAAACCAUAUACCUGCUUGGUGUGUGGAAAGAAGUUCAGUUUGAUCACACACCUUAGUUGUCAUCAAAGAACUCACACAAGGGAGAAGCCAUAUGAGUGCUUGGAAUGUGGAAAGAGCUUCAGUGUGAGCACAAACCUCAGCAGACAUCAAAGAACUCACACAGUGGAGAAACCAUAUCAGUGGUUGGCAUGUGGAAACAGUUUCCAUGUGAAUAUUAAUCUAAUUUCUCAUCAAACAGUUCACACGGGGGAUAAACAAUAUAAUUACUUGGAAUGUGGAAAGAGUUUCAGUCAGGAGAUAAAUCUCACUCCUCAUCAAAUAACUCACACAUAACCAUAGAAGUGCUUGGAGUGUGGAAUGAGAUUUGGUCAUAAUUCAACCCAUGUUUCACAUUGACUGGGUUCGGAUGACAUGGGUUCGGAUGACAUAGAAUCAUAGAAUAGUAGAGUUGGAAGGGACCUAUAAGGCCAUCGAGUCCAACCCCCUGCUCAAUGCAGGAAUCCACCCUAAAGCAUACUUGACAGAUGGUUGCCUAACUACAUGAUAACCAAUGGUGAGUUAAACAGUCAACACUCGAUUAUUAUGUUGUCUGUCAGGACUUUUUCACGCCCUGGUUGAUUAUUUGGCCAAAAUAAGCAACACAAAUAACCCACACUGUGCAGAGUUGAUUAUUUGAACAACCUUUGGUUAUUGUGUCGUCUGUUGGGCACCGUUGGCUAUUUCAUUGCACACAGUUUGUUAUUUUCGGCGACUACAGAGUCUCCUGGCAAAAGUGAACAGAGCAGCUGCUGCCACUCUAGUUCAGAUGGCAGAACUCGCAAUAGCUGAUGGGAUACCAAUGGGACUGAGGGAGGUAGAGAGGGAAGGGCCUUUUGUCAAUCGAAUGCACCGUCGACUAAUAGACAACUCAAUGCUGGCCUUAAUCUAUACCAUAUUUGAUUAUAAUCAUGUCGUGCGGGGAGUAUCCCCUCAAUCUUUGACUAUUAACCCACCAUGGAUUGUUGUGCGGUCCGAACACAGCCUUUGAAGAAUCCACUUGGGAGGAUAUAUUUGAAGAGCCAACAAGUCUCCCCAGCCCUUAAGAGUGAUCUCUGAGUCCCGCUCAUGGGCUCACCAACAAGAUCUAUUAAGUUGAUGAGAACAAGAGAUAGGGGCUUCUCUGUGGUGGCCUCAAUACUGAGGAAUUCCCUGACAUGGGAAAUUGGAUUAGCCCCUGAUAAAUGUUUUAAAGACAUGGUUGUUCACUUUCACCUGAUUAAUUUGAAGUUGGCCCAGCUUGUUAAAAAAUAUUUUUUAUGAAAAGGUACUACCGUAAUACAAUAUAAAUUCAAUUGGGAAAAAUGCCAACAACUAAUGUUCAGAGACCAACCCUACACAUUUAGAAUAGUUCAAUUGUAAAGAAAAAGGUUUAUGAAAAAGUACCAUUUUUCUAUGAAUGUAUUUUUGUGUGUGUAGUUCUUUGCUGAUUCCUUAGGAAGUACUGUUAGUUUAAUUGAUAAAGCUCAGAUUUUCCUUCACCAAUUAGAUGGCUGUGGGAUUUGAGAUAACCCCCAUUAACAGGCAAUGCAAAUUCCUGCUAUAGGCAAUAGAAUAGCUAACAGUUGGGUUUCCCCUAGGUCAAUGUGUUCCUUAAAAUACCCCAACAGAAUUAUUUUUUGGUCUAGAGUACAGCAGUUCACUGACAUUUCAAAGGUGAUCUCCAAUAUUUCUUUCCAGAAUUAUUUAAUAUUCAGCAGUCCUAAAAAAUAGAUAAAAUGUAAAUAGUCUGAGAUGUCCAGCAUUCUUUUAGCAGGUUAGAGUACAUUGUUUUAAAUCUAUGUGGUACUAGAAACUCCUAGGAGUAAAUCAUU